AAGAGAAAGAGAGAGGGAGCACGCGCGUACACCCGUUUAAAACACAUCAGUAGAGAAGCUGAGGGCGGACUAGUCGGCAGCUAGGCACGUUUUUGGCAUUGUCUUCGAGUAUUUCAACUCGCCUUCCUCCACCGGCAAUACUCCUCCACAGUUAAAAGCGAUCGUGAUCAUCUCGUGGCAGUGGUAGUUGAUCGUGCAGUGCUGCCGUGACGGUCGAUCGAAACACGCCACAAGGUGGGUCGUAUUCUUCGACGAGCCCUGCUCAUUUCGGUACACGAUGCCGCAACGUCGACCUCGUCAUCGUCGAUAUCUACCGUCCUUCUCCUAUAUCUCAUCCUCUUCUUCGUCAUCGCCAUCGUCGUCGUCGUCGUCGUUGUCGUCGUCGUCGUCGUCGUCGUUGUCGUCGUCGUCGUCGUCGUCGUCGUCGUCAUCGUCGUCGUCGUCGUCGUCGUCGUCGUCGGCCAUCUCAGCACGAUUCCCAGCAUCCAAGAAAAUUGUCUAUCGGCCUGGACCGGCGUGAACCUGUCAAGACUUUCCUCGAAGAUUCGCUAGCGGCGAAUUAUCCGACACGGCAUUUUCCCGGUGUAUCGUUCGAUUUCUUUUCCUUUUUUUAUUUAUCCGUCGUGUCGAUUCGUUCACCCAAGUAAGUUUCGCUCGAGUGCCCGAAGACGAUCGUACGUGUUGACGCGUAGAGUGUUCUUCGCUAGCCUUCUUUCAAGAACCGUGCCGGGAAAGGAGAAAUACCAAAGUCUUACGGGAAAGAAAAUUGGAAGAGGAGUAUCGCGAGACAAUGAAGUUCCUAAAGACGUUCCUUGUCAAGUUUAUGUCAUCUGCUAGUUUUUAAUAAAAAGAGAAAGGACACGAGGAUCGUCGAAGAAGAAAGAAGAUACUGGAUCCAGCUCGUCGUUCGCUUCUGAUGGUAGCACGACGGAGCGAUAAGAAAUACGCGGACGAAAAUUGUCCACGUCGACGACGACAGCAGCGUCGGCAUCAGCAACGUCGUUGGAAAAGAAACCAUCGAAGGACUCAUGGAUUCGUCAAGAAACCUACCGUUCGCUUGCCUCCUUUUCGCUCUUCUACUCCUCCUAAAUUGUCCCGAGGAAAGUCAGGCUGGUCUUAUAAAUCUGGCCAAACGAGAUGUACAAGAUCAAAGGAAUAGAUUAUCGAUCGAUCGAUACACCAUGCACGGACCGAUCGUCGACGACGAGGAACUUCCCAGAAACCUGCACGAACCUUAUCCUGGAAGUAGUUUCGGCCCGAUGGGACCUCUCUACGAGUCCCUGCCCGAUGAAGUCUCGACGAGGAGUCUCUCGGUAUCCAAUACGGCCGAUAUCGACUCCUCUUUGCUUUCCAAAGACGAUCGAGGAGUCGAUAAACCAAAAUCCGAAGUAGAGUACCACAUCAUGUCGGUCGAGUUCCAUCGCGUGGAGACACCCUUCGUUAUCGGCAUCUGGAUCUUUUUCGCUAGUAUCGCGAAAAUCGGUUUCCACAUGGCACCGAGACUGAACAAAAUCUUUCCGGAGUCCUGUUUGUUGAUCGUCGUUGGCGUCGUCGUCGGACUCCUUUUGUUCCAGGCCAGCAGCGUCCACGUAUCGCCUCUGACACCCGAUACCUUUUUUCUCUACAUGCUGCCACCGAUCAUCCUAGAUGCUGGUUACUUCAUGCCGAAUCGAUUAUUUUUCGACCAUCUCGGCACGAUUCUCCUCUUCGCAGUCGUUGGAACCAUUUUUAACACCCUCUCUAUAGGUGCAUCCUUAUGGGUCGUUGGGAAACUCAAUAUCUUCGGCUGCGAGACACCUCUCCUCGACAUGUUUCUUUUCUCGGCAUUGAUCAGUGCCGUCGAUCCUGUAGCCGUCUUGGCCGUUUUUGAGGAGAUACACGUCAACGAGAUACUCUACAUCGUCGUCUUCGGAGAGAGCCUUCUCAACGAUGCCGUCACCGUCGUACUGUAUCACAUGUUCGAGACGUACAGCGAGAUGGGACCUUCAAGAAUCGUAUAUACGGACAUACUCUCGGGUCUGGCCUCGUUUCUCGUCGUAGCGAUCGGUGGCACGAUAAUAGGGGUUAUAUGGGGAUUCGCUACAGGAUUCGUUACUAGAUUCACGAACCAUGUCCGUGUGAUCGAACCUAUCUUCAUAUUCGUCAUGGCUUACUUGGCUUAUCUAAACGCCGAGAUCUUUCACAUGUCCGGGAUAUUAGCGAUCACCUUUUGCGGUAUCACCAUGAAGAAUUACGUCGAGGCGAAUAUAUCGCACAAGUCCCACACUACGGUGAAGUAUACGAUGAAAAUGUUAUCGAGUAGCUCGGAAACGAUCAUAUUUAUGUUCCUCGGAGUGGCUACGGUGAACAAUAAACACAAUUGGAACACAUGGUUCGUCGUGAUGACAAUAGUCUUCUGUUCUGUCUACCGGAUCGUGGGAGUCAUUGUCCUGACUGCACUGGCCAAUCAGUUUCGUCUGCAUAAACUGGACAAGGUGGAGAAGUUCGUCAUGUCCUACGGUGGAUUGCGAGGUGCCGUGGCCUUUGCUCUUGUCUUGCUAAUAGACCCGAAACACGUGAAAUUGCAACCAAUGUUCGUUACGACCACUAUCGCCGUCAUAUAUUUCACCGUGUUCAUACAGGGAAUCACCAUCAAACCCCUCGUUAAGAUACUGAAUGUGAAAAGAGCGGAGAGAAGGAAGCCUACGAUGAACGAGAGGAUCCACGAAAGGAUAAUGGAUCACGUGAUGGCUGGAAUCGAGGACAUCUUGGGAAAACACGGCAAUUAUCACGUGCGAGACAAAUUCAAACGAUUCGACAACAAAUUUAUUCGACCGUAUCUCGUGCGUAAUCACUAUGGUGCCGAGCCGAAGAUUUUGGAGACCUACUCGAAGCUAGCGAUGAAGGAUGCCAUGGACUACAUAAGACGAAACGCUUCGACGAUCGGUAAUAUCAGUGGAACGGAGAGUAUGUCCGCCAUAUUUCGAAAUUACAGCAACACCGGACAAUUCAACGGAAGUCUCGUUCUUCCUCGUUCCAGUCCGAGUUGCAGCCAGCUCGAGACCGGCUGGAAUAUCGAUCUCCAGGAACUCGAGUACAAUCCGUCGAAGAAAGAUUUGACAGACGCGAGGAUACAUCACCUUCUGGCGGAAGAGCUCUGCAAGCCUUACAAACGGCACCGGCGAUUGAGUUACAGUAGACACGCGGUCAACGAUCGAGAUCUAUCGACCCAAGUCAAUUAUAAAAUGCACAUGAAUAUACGACGUAUGAUGGGCGAGCACAAGCACCGGCACAAACGUAGCAAGAAAUUACUCAAGGACGGUAAGCAGAAUCACGUGAGUUUCCCGGAGUUCCAACAAAACGGUUCGACAAAAUUAUUCACGCAAGACUACAUGAACGGCGUGCUGUACGAACUGGAGAACGGGGACACCUCUAAACCUUCGAGCAAGGAAGACUGGGACUCGGCCAUAACUUUCACGGCUCGUACUUCCGAUUCGUCGAAUGCUAAUCCAGACGGGCAUCAUGCCACGGCUACCACGUCGAUGGACACUAUAAACACCGAAGAUGCAGACAUGAAGUUCGCGCGUGACGGCGAAAGUUACAGGGUAACGACGCCAACGGCGACGGAGACCGUGUUACCUUGGAAGCGCGAGGACGAUUACGAAUCCGGGCAUCCAUUGAAACAAAACGAGUUUCCUGCUUGGUGCGCCAAUAAGGAGUACCUUCCGUACAGCUCGCCAUCCGCUACCUUCUUAGGUGCCAUAGAGCAGCCAAAAGUACAGUCGGUGAUCGGUCUGUUUCGACGCGAGAGCGUCGGCACGCCGGAUCACGUCGACCGUCAGGAAACCGUGUUGCCUUGGAAGCGCGACGACGAUUACGAAUCCGGACAUCCGUUGAAACAAAACGAGUACCUCCCGUACAGCUCGCCUUCCGCCACCUUGCUCGGUACGAUAAAGCAGCCAAAAGUACAAUCCGUGAUCGGUCUGUUUCGACGCGAGAGCGUCGGUACGUCGGAUCACAUCGAUCGUCAGGAAACCGUCGACGAGUGCGACGAGUACACGGUUACCGGGAUGGAAGAGUUUUCCACGCCCACGAGAAACACAGACAGCAGCAGCAAGAGUUCCGUGCGAAGAGUGUCGAUGAUGGAACUAGGCACGAUGGAGAGAGCAUUGGAGAGAAACGAGGAUGGUUCUCGUUCGCUUCCAGAAUGCUGGAAUCCUCAUAGACUACGAAUGUCCUCGUACAUCUGCUCGGCCCAACUGCCAAGCCUCUCGACGGCCCUGAUAACGUCCUCUUCGGAGUCUUCGGAGGAGAUCGACGAGGAGGAAGAGAGAGCUUGACCCUUGCAGAGGGUCGAGGAAUAGGCUUCGUCCUACGAAGACGUGCGUCGUUGUUUACGUCGUCCUUGGCGACGACGAGUACGUCCUCGUUCCCUCCUGUCGUCUCUACUACGACGACCCAGCACACCGCUAUGAGAAAAGAACGAAUCUUAGAUCUUAUUUCAUCGAUUCGCCUUAGUACGUCCAAUCGCUAUUGGAUAAGUUUGCCGGAUGAUCGAGAAAGAAUUGAAAGAAACGAAAUUAUCGACGAAGCUCUACGAGCUUCUUUCGAAUGAAAAGAAAAACAAAAAAAAAGCAAAAAAAACUCGGACCUACGAGAUUUCGAUACUUUUCCGUUCCAAAAACAAAUGUUCCUUUCGACGGCAUACAAAAGUUCACAUGUAUAACGUGGGAGAACAAUGAUCUUCCGAUCUUCCGAAAGCAAAAAAGUCGCACUCGCUUGUUCGUGGCCUUACGGAUCUUACGGAUCUACGGGCAUCGAUCAGGACCAGAGCAGGCGGUCCAGCUAAUUGCAAGGGAGAAGCGUGUGUACAAAAUUGCGAUCUUUCACACUCCGCACGCUGCUGCUGCUGCUGUUGCUACACGAAGGAUCGAAAAAAAAAUGCGUUUAUCUCCUCGUGUAAUGGCCUUAAACAAUUCAUGUUGAUAGUGAGAGAAAUAACCGUGAAAACCUCGUACGUGAGUUGGCACUUCGCCGUGGCGUGAGUAUGUAAGUACUUGCACGAAGAAUUAUAUCUUGUAUACUAUGUGUGUGCGUGUGCGUGUGCGUGUAAAUAAAAAGAAUUAUAAUAAUUCUUAGGAAUCAAAGUAGAGACGCUGUCGUUACGAUCAUAUUAUAUCAUAUGGACGAUGAAAGCUGUAAAAUGGUUAAACAAACGAGCGAGGGGAUUGUCCCUCGAAUUGUCCGACAUUCAGAUUUCUUCGGAUUUCAAAGCAAUGAGAGACGAACGACACGACGGUAGAAAACGAUGGCUAUUAAGGAAUUGAAUUUGAAUUGGUUCGAUUAGUUGUUUUUUCUUUUCACCGUAAUAAUAAAUGCGCCACGGUAUAUAAAAUCUGUGAAAUAAAAAAAGAAAAAUAUCUGUUAGUUAUAUCUAAGGUUUCACGCAUAGAGACUAUUGAUCUCUGAUAAAAUCGUAUAUAUCGUUCGUGCUUCGUUCACCCUUUAAUAUCACCCGCAAGAACCUUUCAACGAGAGAAGAUAUAUAUAUAUGUGUGUGUAUAUAUAUAUAUAUCAAUCGCAAUACCAUAUUUUAUUCACGUCGUGUGUUCUAAAUGCCGGCGUUUAUCUUGCGUAUCGUGUUUAGACUUUAGAUUCAAUGAUCAAGCUGUUUCUGAUCUUCUUAUUCGCUAAUCAAGAGGAUGAUUCUAGUCCAAUUUUUAUUGAAGAUAAUUCGUAGAAAACGAAUUCAGGACUUCCCCUCGCACGAAAAAUUAUUCCUCGCGGCCUCUAGCUCUCUAGAAAAAAAAAAGAAAGGAACAAAUACAAAGCGAAAACGUCGGAGAUUAGUCUUUAGACGUUAGUCUGUACGCUGUUGAUUUGUUAAUGGAAAAAUAAAGUAAAUGUUUAUUUCGUAAAAA